AUGGUUCUCCUCCGCAAGCAGGGGGUGAACAUAAUUCCAUAUCUUGACGAUCUCCUGAUCAAGGUGUCCUCCAACUGUACUCCCCUGAUGCAGCUGCUCAGGGAGUACAGUUGGAUCCUCAACCUUCCCAAAUCUCAUCUGGAACCGACAACGAGGCUGUCUUUCCUGGGGCUGAUCCUCGACACGGAAGUGAAAAGGGUGUUUCUCCCAGAGGAGAACGUGUUGGUGAUACAAUCUAUGGUCUGGGAUGUCUUGAAGCCUACCCGGGUAUCGGUUCAUCAAUACAUCCACCUUCUGGGAAAGAUUGUUGCCUCCUCCUGCAUAACGGGAGAUUUCAUGCAAGACCCUUUCAACUGGAUCUCCUGGACCAGUGAAUGUUUUACACAAAAUUCACAACUUGUUACACAUCAGCAAAGUCACACAGGUGAGAAGCCAUUUCCAUGUUCUGAGUGUGGGAAAUGUUUUGUAUCGAAAUCACAUCUUGUUAUACAUAACAGAAGUCACACAGGUGAGAAGCCAUUUUCUUGCUCUGAGUGUGGGAAAUGUUUUACAUGGAAAUCACAACUUGUUACACAUCAGAAAAGUCACACAGGUGAGAAGGCAUUUCCAUGUUCUGAGUGUGGGAAAUGUUUUACACACAAAUCAGAUCUUGUUAUACAUCACAGAAGUCACACAGGUGAAAAGCUGUUCUCUUGCUCUGAGUGCGGGAAAUGUUUUCCACGGAAAUCACAUCUUGUUAGACAUCGCAGAAGUCACACAGGUGAGAAGCCAUUUUCUUGCUCUGAGUGCGGGAAAUGUUUUUCACGGAAAUCACAUCUUGUUAGACAUCAGAAAAGCCACACAGGUGAGAAGCCAUUUCCGUGUUCUGAGUGUGGGAAAUAUUUUUCACGGAAAUCACAUCUUGUUAGACAUCACAGAAGUCACACAGGUGAGAAACCAUUUUCUUGCUGUGAGUGUGGGAAAUGUUUUACACGGAAAUCAGAUCUUGUUAUACAUCACAGAAGUCACACAGGUGAGAAGCCAUUUCCAUGUUCUGAGUGUGGGAAAUGUUUUGCACAGAAAUUAGAUCUUGUUAUACAUCACAGAAGUCACACAGGUGAGAAGCCAUUUCCAUGUUCUGAGUGUGGGAAAUGUUUUACACACAAAUCAGAUCUUGAUGUACAUCACAGAAGUCACACAGGUGAGAAGCCAUUUCCAUGUUCUGAGUGUGGGAAAUGUUUUGCACAGAAAUCAGAUCUUGUUAUACAUCACAGAAGUCACACAGGUGAGAAGCCAUUUUCUUGCUCUGAGUGUGGGAAAUGUUUUACAAAGAAAUCAUAUCUUCUUACACAUCAGAGAAGUCAUACAGGUGAGAAGCCAUUUUCUUGCUGUGAGUGUGGGAAAUGUUUUACACAGAAGUCUCAACUUGUUACACAUCAGCAAAGUCACACAGGUGAGAAGCCAUUUCCAUGUUCUGAGUGUGGGAAAUGUUUUGCACAGAAAUCAGAUCUUGUUAUACAUCACAGAAGUCACACAGGUGAGAAGCCAUGUUCUUGCUCUGAGUGCGGGAAAUGU